ACGCCGCUGGACGUAGCGGAGGUUAUAAGACGGUACUUUCAGUGGUAGUUUCAGUUGUUUCGUGUUUUCGUUUGGAGAAUCAUGGGGGCUUCCGAGGCCGAUAGAACACUGUUUGUCGGGAAUUUAGAUCCGAGAGCAACUGAGGAAAUUCUGUUUGAGCUGUUCCUGCAGGCAGGCCCUGCUACCAAUGUAAAAAUUCCAAAGGAUAAGGAUGGUAAACCAAAACAGUUUGCUUUUGUGAAUUUCAAGCAUGAAGAAUCUGUCCCAUAUGGGAUGAGUCUGCUGAAUGGCAUCAAGCUCUUUGGAAGGCCACUUAAAAUUCAGUUCAGAUCAGGAAGCAAGCAUCUUCCACAGGAUUCAAAUAACAUGUCCUCACCACAGAUGAAUGACAGUGGAGCCUCUGUUGGUAGCCCUGCAACAAAUGGUAGCAGUAGGUAUGACCGUAAUGGAGAUCUCAUGAAAUAUUCUGGAAACAUGUCACCUGUUCAAAAUUUUCAAAGAUCCUACUCUUCGCCAGAAAAUCUUCAACGCCAAGCAGUGCUGAACAACAUUCAGUGGCAACAAUGCACAUAUGGAUCAAGUACACCACUGAAUCAACCCUGCUUCUCCUCCUCAUCCACUCCUUCCCCCUCUUCUCAGCUGUACAGUAAUUGUCAGUCUACUCCGCAACGGUAUGAUUCUGGCAAUGGCCACCAAAGAAACAGAGGCAAUGGCUCUCAUCCAUAUUUAAGUGAAAGUCGUCAUUAUCAGCACAACCAUCACAGUAGAGAGAACAACUACAGGGGAAACACUGAGGAGUAUUACCACAAUGAACGAAACCUUGAAAGCCGGAGCCAUGGACAGAGGAGUGGGAGCAGGUGGCAUCCCUCAAGACACUAAAUUUCUGUUUUUACUUAAACUUCUUUUUAACGUUUUUACAUAUAAUAUAAUCAAAAUGGAUUUGUGUAUGUGUACACACCUUCAAAAUAUGUUGAGAAAUGUACAUGUCCUGUCAAAACAUUGUUUUAUUGUAAGGAUUGUCGCUAAAAAUGUAGAAUCUCCCUAGAUUAAAAAAAAAAAAAUCAGUUGUUAUUGGGGGGGAGGGAGUAUGCUUUCUAUAAACUAUUUUUUAUAAUUUACCUCGGAUAACCGGGGGUUCAAUUUUAUGGUUAGUCUUUUUUUUCUUUUUUUUUUCUCUUGAAUGGAUUGCACAAAAACAGAUGUUUAGCUUUCCAGAAACCAGCAAAACUGUCAAAAUGUAAAAUGGAAAUAAUGUGUCUUUGUAUCAACCAUAUCUUGAUAAUUUUACUUAUCCUUAAUGUUUUUAGGUAUCUUUGAUAUCUAAAUUAUCUACAGUUUGUAGGCAAAUAUAUGAAGCAGUUGGAAAAUCUCAUUUUUUUUUUAUUAAUCAAAAGCUUGAUUGUAGUAUUGCAGAGUAGAAAUUGCGUAAAAACUUACAGCUACCUGAAUCUGUAUCUUGUGUGUGGUAACUGUUUAUUACAGUGAUUGAUUGUGGCUGCAUGGCAAAGCAUGUGAUAGGUGAGUUGGGGUGGGGCAAAUCCAGAGAAGUCUAGGAGAAGAUCCAUUUACUGGGUACAUUUUGGCAAAGUGCCAGCAUAAUGCGAAUUCACAGCCAGGGCACAGUGCGAUGUUGACAAUGACAUUGCAAGAGCGUUACAUUGCACAUGCGUGAUUUUUUUACAAUUUCUAUGGAUAGGAAAAGCUUGUGAUUGUGACUGGUCUCAAGAGGAUACAGGUCUAAGUCCAGUGUAAUAUCACUAAUCAAUCAUUAUAGAAUACAAUUCGUUACCAGUUUUGGAUGACUGUUAUCCCAAAUACUGGGGUAUGUCUCGAGGACUCACCCACUCCCCAUGUCAAGUAUCUAAACAUGUAAUUACAGAAAGUUAAAGCAUGCUACCACACUUACUUUUGUAGGAACUGUUUUUAGGGAUCUGUACAUCUAGCU